AUGGCUUAUUCUAGUUCAACACGGGACUUUGUCGCACUUUCAGAUCUGCAUCCAAAUCUUGCUCGUCCUAAUGUAAUCGGUGUGGUUAUUGGGAAAACAGAUGUCAGAGGCUUUCCAGACAGAAAAAACAUUGGGUCCGAACGAUACACCUUCAGUUUUACUAUUCGUGAUUCACCAACUUAUUUUAUAAAUGUAAAUUCUUGGGGCAGAGAAGACUAUAUUAGAUCACUUUCAGAGAGUUUUAGAGUUGGUGACUGUGUUACAAUUGAAAAUCCUUUAGUUCAGUCAAAGGAAGCAGAGAGGGAAGAAAAAUUCAACCCUGUAACUCCUAGUUGCUACAAAUUAUUGCUCAGUGAAAAUCAUUCAGUGGUCAAAACGUCUUCAUGCUAUGAAAUGGACACCAAACUACUUUCUCUGUUGCAUCUGCCUGUCAAGGACCCUCAGGACUAUUAUUCACUGGGUGAUAUCAUUGCAAAUGGACAAAGCCUCGAUGGAAGAAUCCUUAAUGUGCUUGCAGCUGUAAUGUCAGUUGGGGAGCCAAAGUAUUUUAUGACUUCAGACAAAAGAAAAGGUCAGAGGUGUGAAGUAAAGCUGUAUGAUGAAACAGAGAUGUCUUUUCCAAUAGUAUGUUGGGAUAAUGAAUCUAUCCAGCUUGCACAGAGUUGGAUCCCACGAGAAACAGUAAUAUUUGCAUCAGAUGUGAGAAUAAAUUUUGACAAAUUUAGGAACUGUAUGACUGCAACUGUGAUAUCAAAAACCAUCAUUACGACUAACCCAGAAACAGCAGAAGCAAGUGUUCUCUUCAGCUUCAUAAAAGAAUGUGCACAAUCAGGAGCUUUGCAUGAUAAAAUGGAGGAGCAGUCAAAAGACUCCAUUAACUUGGAGACUAUAGUUGACGUUUAUACUGUGGAACAGCUGAAAGAAAAAGCUUUACAGAGUGAUGGGAAACUUGAACCAGUCUACGGCAUUAUUUAUGGCUACAUUUCUACACUGGACAUUGAUGAUAAUGCAUCUAAAUUUAUUCGCAACAGAUGUUCAACAUGCCGUUUUCUGGUGAAUGAAAUGUCAAACACAUGCACUUUCUGCAGUGACACCCCUUCAGAUUCAAAGCCAACUUUUGCAAGCUUUGACAUACUCGUUGAUCUGACAGAUCACACAGGCACUCUUUGUUCUUGUUACCUGUCUGACUGUGUAGCUGAGGAAACAUUAGGCUGCACAGUCCAUGAGUUCCUUACUCUAACAGAAGACAAGAAGACUGCAUUGAAAUGGCAACUUCUUUUGGAACGAAGCAAGAUUUAUUUUAAAGUUACUUUGUCACCCAGUUGGAGAACCGGACUGAAAGUGAAUGUUCUUUCAUGCAAACUGGCAGACCCUAUAGAGGCCAGCCAGGGCUUGUUGGGAAAAGAGGUUGGAAAUAAGAGAUUACACUAUAUGGCUUGA